GAAGAGUUUUGGACGCGCGCCAUGGCUUUGCGGCGGCCCCUGUUGAGCGUUUGCCUGGCUGUGGCUGCGGUUGUGGCCGGGGAUGCCUUCAGCCGCGGCCUGGUGGCGCGCAGAGCGACGCCCAACUUGGGAGACCUCAUGGGAUCCAUGGGGAAGGUGGCGGAGGCCAUGAAGAAGAUGCCGGAGUUACAGAAGCAGCUGAGGGACACGCCUUCCAGCGGCACGGCUUUGGGCGGCAAGGUGAAGGUGAGCAUCAGUGGUGACUUGGCGCCCUUGGGUGUGGAGAUCGACGAGAGUGUCAUGGAAGCGAACCUGACGGCAGAGGUGCUGGCAGAUGCGGUGUAUUUGGCCAUGAAGGAGGCGCACAAUGCCUCCCUGGAGCUGUCCAGGACGCAGCUCAGCAAGUUCUACAAGGACAUGGGUGUGCCCAUGCCCGGCCAGGGUGGCGGCAUCCCGGGCAUGGGCGGCAUGGGCGGCAUGGGCGGGAUGCCCGGCGUGGCGCCGCCGGCACCUGCGGCGCCUGCCCCGCCACCUAUGGACUUUGAUCCCGCCGGCAUCGGCCCGCGCUUUGCGGACUGACCUGUGACCCAUUUGAAGUGGCGUUGCGGGGAAAGCCCGAGUGGGAUGAGCAUGAUGAGCUAACGGAUCAAUUCGAUGUGACCUGCCUGUUCCCGAGGUAGUAUUCGAAGUGUG